CUUGUCUUAAACAAAUCUCUCUUAACUUCUCCGCGUUACUUUCUUCCAAUUUCAGUUCUCAUCUUCCCUUAUCCUACGCACCACAAAACCCACGGGCGCACGUUAGCCAUGGCCUCCACUUAUCGUCCGUCGCCGCUAAAAGCAUUCGAUCUCGAUCUCACUAUAGUUUCAGCCAAACACCUCAAAAAUGUCAACUGGAAAAACGGCGACCUCAAAUCCUACGCCGUUUUCUGGGUCGACCCGGCGAGACGACUCGCUACAAAAUCAGACGAUUCUGGGUCCACCCGACCCGUUUGGAACGAGCGGUUCUCUAUCCCUCUAGUACUCCCUGUCCACGAAUAUUACCUCACGCUCGAGAUUUUCCACUCCAAAUCCAGCGAAACGCCGAAGCCGCUCGUCGGAACACUCCGGGUCGGGUUAAAAGAUUUAUCCGACCCGGAAGACUAUUCUCGGAUCCGAACGUUUGAGUUAAUCCGACCGUCUGGUCGUCCUCAAGGUAAGAUAAGGAUAAAACUCGGAGUUAAAGAGCGUCCUUUACCGCCUCCGCCACCGCAAUUGCAGCAUGAUUACCAUAUUACCCCUCAGCAGAGCUAUUAUUACAAUACUGCCCCUAUUCCACCGCCGCCAAGUCGCGAUUAUCGAUACAGCACUGCCUCACCACCUCCACCGCCGGUUCCUCAUCAUCAGUAUCCAUCGUAUCAUCACGACACGUAUAGUUCGCCUUCUCCCUAUUAUUCAGGAUAUUACUCGGCGGCGGCGGCUCCGCCACCAAUGCCUCCUAGGCCGUUGUUUGAACGGACUAAUAGCAACAGCUACGGCGGUCCCUCUGCUCCAGUGGAUUAUUCAGUCGGUGCGGCGUCACCGUAUGAUAAUCAGUCUCAGUCUCAGAGGCAGAAAGGAGUUGGAGGGAAAUUAGGGUUUGGGACAGGGUUAGCUGUGGGCGCUGUUGCAGGGACAUUAGGUGGACUUGCAUUAGAGGAAGGAAUAAAAUAUGAGGAAGAUAAGAUUGCUGACAGAGUUGAGCAUGAUAAUGUUGCCGGUAGCCAUACCCGAGAUGAUUACAGCGAUUACCGUGUUGAUUACUGAGCGACUUGGCUGUGCAGUAGCCUUUGCCCCUUACUGCCAAGCGACCAGUCGAUCUAUCACAAACUCACAGCACAUUGUUCAACCUAGAUAUUCUUGUAGACAUGAUAUUUACCUCUUCGGAAAGAAGUAGGAGAAUUGUCUGAAUAUGCCCCUUAGAACUUGCCUACGUUGUUCUCUACCAGUUAUGCAACUUGUAAAAAGAAUCGGAACUUUGAAACUCUAUUGUUCACUUCCGGCGUGUUUGGUUUAGCUUUUAGCUAUUGAUGAAAUCUAACUGCUUAUAGUAGUACUAUUUUUGAGGUUUUCA